UCCAAGAGUCCGAGGGUGCCCGCGAGGGUUGUCAGCACGUGUUACCGGGCGAGGAUUACGAUGGCCGACGGGGAUGAAAACAGGGAGCGUCAUGAGGGUCGGUGAGGAUCGAUCGGUCGAUUUUGCAGUCGGUCCGAACACCGACCAUGUAGAUUUCGCGAUUUCUCUGACGUGAACUCGGGAAGAAACAUGCUGAUGAUCAUACUUCAGCGCGAAGCCUUUCAAAUAGUGUUUUAUUCACUUCGUGAGAGUUGAGACUCGAGUCACUCGACCCGUUGACGUCUACAGGGAUGGACAACGAUACUUGGGAGCCCAUGGCAUCGCUUCAGUUGCUCCAUAGGUCCGUGUGUGUAUUCACGUCUUCUGCGCUCGGAGAGUGAGACGGAAUAUACGAUUGAUCGUUGGAGGGAGGAAGAAGAGAGGAACAAGUGCACGAGGUGCAGCUAAAAGGAACUGAUUUUUGAAGGAAUUCCUCUGUUUUGGGUGACAUUUUUCUGCAGAGUCACUUGACAGACUCGAGACUAAAUAAGAAUCGAAAUAUGGAUUAGAGAUUCUUCAGGCAGCAUAUUUUUACUGAAAUAGGACACGUUGAUUUUUGUUGAAAAUGAGGUUCGGCGAGUUUGAAUAUAACGGCAUGUGCUCGAAUGUUUGGGCCACAUCGUAUGGUGCCGUUGAAUUGGCAAGCUGAAGAAGAGACAUUCACCGCUGUGUGCUCCGGCUGAUUAAUUCAAUCUCACGUUAAUCUCUUGAUGUAUUCGGCAUUUCCAAACGGCCAAGAUCGUUACUAGGAUUCAUAUUAGUAAUUUGGAAAAUUUAGCAAGAACGUGAUCGGUAGUAUGGAAAACUUUACGACCUGGAGGAACCCUGGUUUUCGGCGACCCAAUUCAAAGACGUCAGACACACUGACUCGAGCAUCCAGCUUACCUCGUAUAGAGUUGAUCAAGGAGAAUAUCGUCCAAGAGUGGCAGAGUAACGAUAGUAAACAGGAACCUCACUUAAUCAAACAGUACAGUUGCGAGGAGAUACGGACUAAUAAAGACAUCGUCAAAACAAUAGUAACCGUGGACCGAGUGCACAUGGACAAAGAUAGCGUGGUGAAAUUUUGGGAAGAUCCCAUACUUAAGAAUUACAAGUCAUCGAUGCCAACAUGGGAGACUCAGGAUAACAUUAUGUUACCCACGACUUCGGAUACGGAAACAGAAUAUAUGGAUCUUUCCGAGGAGAAUUUAGGAUCCACAAGUAGAUUGGUAUCUACGGAACCAAGAAUACCAAAAAGCGCGUCCAGCGAUAAUUCUCAAGAAUCCACAGUCUCGAAACUUGGAAAAAGAAUGGGAUCUAUUUUUCUGGACGAAAAACGCGCGUCAAAAAACUCAGACGAUCAAACUGAAAAGAUAAAAGAAUCGUCGGAUGAGGUGGAAGAAUUGUUGAACCAAGAUUCGGAGGACGAUACCCGUUCACUUGUUUCACGACGAUCGACGAAACGUAAAUCGAAGUUCUCUUGGAACUGCGGACUGUUCUUCGUAGCAUUGUCAUUAUUCAUAAGCACGGUCUCGAUAAUUCUGCAGCAAGAAGAUAACAGGCACAGCAGCGACUUUGUGGACGCCGUCACCGAAUUGAAAAAACGGAUUUAUGGCCAGGAUCGAGCCGUGGAGAUCCUUAGCGAGUACCUAUUGCUAGACGAGCCCUCUCUGAAAGUAAUAGCUCUCGUUGGUGGCACGGGCAUCGGUAAAUCGUACACGAUGGAAAUUAUAAAGGAAAACUUCCCCAGGAGAUAUUAUAUUACUCAAUUCUUCCCGCCGAUUAAAGACACAGAUGCUACGUUCAUCUUAUAUCCGCAGCUGAUCAUCCUGGAAAAUCUGCGAGAGUCUGAUCUAGUGGAUCUCAUGGGUUUCCUGAAGACUCUUAAAAAGGACGUGAACGAUAGGUGCAUGACCAUACUGACCGUCUUCAAUUUCGAGCGGAUGGACGACAAAGCGAUACGCAGCAUAAAUCUAAAUGAAAGCCUGAAAACACUGGAAAGCUUCUUUGUCGCCGGAGAUAUCGAGGCUAAGGUCAUUCCCUACCAUUCCUUGAGCGAGGACGUUUUAGAGAAAUGCAUUGCAGACGCGACGAGGAACAGUGAGCUGGUACUUUCCACCAAGCAGGUUGAUCUAGUUAAACAAUAUCUGUUCAUGCAUAAUGCCGGUUGUAAAGGGGCGUACGCCAAGGUUCAGGUGAUCGGUAGACAAUAAGAUAGCGAACUGUACGAAAUUCCUUUGAAGGCUGACGCGAAAUUAUUAGGACUGAAACGUCCUAAUGCAUCCUCUUCCAGUACGAUUGUAAUAAUAAUAAGACUAUAGGUAGUUCCUAUUAAACGAGAAAUAAGAACGUAUUUUUCGAACUGAUUUAAAUAUUACGAACUGAUGUGAAUAUCUCCCACCGUAUUUUCGUGAUUGACGAAAUCAGAAGCAUCGAUCGUUCACCGGCCUCUGAUACACUUUUGACAGUUCUAACAAAUAGCUGAACCGCUAAUAUCUCGCGGUGAAAGUCAAUCCGCACGUAAGCCACGUUAAAUUAUGGUCCGUUAGCUGGAACACGCGUGAUGAAAUUUUCGUGUACUAUUACUUCCGGAUCGCGACCACCGAAGACAAACGAUGAUUCUUGCGAGAGAUGACGUGGAUAACGGUUUGCAAAGUGUGUCCUGCGAAACGCGUAAUCAGCCAUGCGGUUACGCGCGGUUAAGCAAACUUACGUUGAUUAAGACCCCGCGCGGACGAACAUACGUAAUAGCUCGGGUUGCACUUAUAAAACUUUCUUUCUGUAAUCGCACUUAGAGUCGCGACGAUUUAUGAGCGAGCGAGUGAGUGAGCGACCGCGAUAUUGUGUAUUAACGCACUAUAAUGACACUGCACGAUACUGCAAAGCGUGGGCGUUACGUUGUUGUGUUACGCUGUUACCACCGAUCACCCUUAUGCAACUGAAAAGUCGCUCGAAAUGUCUCGUUUUCCUUUUUCUUUCCCGUUUCCCGCCGACAAUCGACGCGAUGCGAUUUCUAAAACAUGGGAGAUAUGUUUCUUUGAACUGUUGUGUGAGCAGUUAUCACUGCAAACUAAACUAAGCGUUUCGAGUACUGUAAGUAGUAAGUGCCAAAUUUCUUCUCCGGACUCAAGACCUUUUUUUUAUAUUUUAAACGAUAAAUUGGUCAAUGAAAUUGUGAUCAGUACCUUUAAGAGAUACAAAUAUUGGAUUCUGGUCUUGAGAUAUAGGCGUUUUUAAUGUAUAUUGAACAUUUUAGAGGAACAUUAUUCUUGCCACUUGGAUUCUUUCUUGAAUUCUAUAUUGCUCAAUCUUAUUUGUUAUGUAAUAAUAACCAUUAUACAGGAUGUCUAGUAAUAAUCUAGCCAACGUAUGGAGGUGGAGUAGAUUGAUUGAUUCUUUUAUUAUCACGGAAAUCGCAAAGUGAUACAGAAUUAUUCGGUCCUCAGUGGCAACUCUACUCUACUCUACUCUCCAUAUAUAAAGUAAAUUAUUACCAAACAUCCUGUAUAUAUAUAGACAAGUUUAAAUGACAGAGACUGCUAUUUCAGAAUUGCCAUGUCAUAGAUAUAAUCUUUAAAUAUUCGUAAAUAUGGAUAAAUAAUUAAAUUGACAGGUUUUAAUGAAUGAGCUAUUUUUUACAGUAAUAUUUUCUACACAUUAAGAAUGUACAGAAACUUUACAGUAAAGAAAUACUCGAUUGUAUAUUAAAAUGUAUAUAAUGACAUUUGAAUACUUUAAUAUUUCUAACUAAUGUUUAGUAUUUAAAUAUUGGAAUAUUAAACGGCUACAUUAGUUUAAUUGUUAAUUGUUAUUGUAGUUGUAAACGGCAAUUCUGAAUCUUUUUGUACAGUCAACAAUUUGUAAUUGUUAGUGUAUGUAUAUUUAGCAAGAGUAUUUUCCUGAGGAGUGUCAGACUGUACCAAUGUAUGUAUAUUUAGUAUCUAUUGAAUUGAUCUUCCCGAAAAGUUCAUACAGAAGUUUUUAGCAAAAUUCACGCGCAGAAGUUUGUUUUAAUUAAUUCUUAUUUUUCUUGUAUUAAUUCGUAUUUGGUUAAAAAGAUCCGCUACAGAACUUUCAGUAACAUAAAUCUUUAUAUUAAGAAUAAUACAAAGUUUUGCAUUUGAAUUUUGCUAAACAAUUCGCAUGGACUUGUCAAUCAACCAGAUGUAGUAAUUGAUCAAAGCGAAACUAAUUAGUUUUCUAAACUAAUUUUGUAUUAAUAUCUGCAAAUAUAUUAGAAAUAAUGAAAGUAAAAUUACU